AUGCUCUCACGUGUUGCUGCAGUGAUGGCACCCCGCACACACAACCGUCGCCGCGUGACCGGAUCCAGCGGGAGGAGGAGGGAAGGAAGAGAGAGUGAGCCGCCGAGGCCCAACAUGUCCCGGCGUGUGUUUACUUCCGCGGUGCUGCUACUCUUCGUGAUGAUGUGCUGCGGCAGUGGUGGAGCUGCAAGUGCGGAGGUGCAAGAGUCAACAGUUCCAAAGUUUGAAUGGGAGGACAUAAAGAGUGAGGAUGAAGGUGUAACUGUGGACUCGUUGAGUGUUCCCAGCCUUUUGAAAGUGGGGAGUGAUGUGUUUGCCGUUGCCGAGGCGCACUGCAAGAAGGAUGCAAGCAGUGUCUUUACUGGCAUUGCAUCCCAACUACUCACCAUAGAAGACGGUAAGGAACCGGAGGAAGUGCUGAAGAAUGCCAAGAACACACAGGUUCUGGAGGAAGUGACUUCCACAGAGGGGAAGAAGAGAGUAGAUGUGAGCCGACCAACAACGGUUGUAGAUGAAAGUGAUAUUUACAUGCUUGUUGGGAAAUACAGCCGGAAUGCUGGUGGUACCGAUGACUGGGGGCUAUUGCUGGUGAAAGGGACAGUCGGUGCUGAGGGAGAUGACAGGAAAAAAAAAAUCCAAUGGAAUGUGAACCAGCUACCGGCCGGCACUUUAUCUGAGGGCGAACACGAUUCCAUGACACGGUUGAUUGCAGGUGGUGGAUCGGGUGUUAAGAUGAAUGACGGUACGUUUUUGUUCCCAUUGGAAGCGGCGGGUGGAAAGAAUUUCUCACUGCUCAUGUACACUUUGGAUACUUCGAGGAACAUUGUGACUUGUAAGCUGUCGAAGGGGAUGUCUGCCGAUGGCUGCAGUGAUCCCUCCGUCGUGGAGUGGAAGGGAAAACUCAUGAUGAUGACUGCGUGUGAUGAUGACCGCCGCAGGGUGUACGAGUCCGGUGACAGGGGGAAUUCGUGGACGGAGGCCCUCGGGACACUCUCCCGCGUGUGGGGCAACAAACACAAGGGAGAAGGGAAGGCCGUUGGGAGCGGUUUCAGCACAGCGACGAUUGAGAACAGGGACGUGAUGCUCGUUACUCUGCCGGUGUAUGCCAAAGAAAAAGAAAAGGGCGUACUCCAUCUUUGGCUGACGGACAACACGCACAUUGUUGAUAUUGGGUCGGUGUCCGAGAAGGACGAUGAUGCUGCCGCCAGCUCCCUGUUGUACAAAAGUGCUGGAAGUGGAACUGGUGAUAAUAAUAAGGAGGAGUUGAUUGCACUGUACGAGAAGAAGAAGGACGAUGGAAAGCCAUCAAACAGUCUUUGGUCUGUGCGUCUGACUGCGCAGCUGAAGCGGGUGAAGGAGGUGCUGGCGACCUGGAAGAAUGUGGACGGAAGUGUCUCCAAGCUGUGCCCCAUUUCAAGUACUGCGAAGGAUGCCUCAACUGCCACUGCCUGCAGCGAUGGUAAGGUCACGGAUGGGCUGGUUGGCUUUUUAUCCGGCAACUUCUCUAAUGGCACGUGGAAGGACGAGUACCUCGGGGUGAACGCCACAGUGAAUAAGGGAGCGGAAGAAGGGGCGGUAGCAGAGAAAGCAGAGUCUUCCGAUGGAGUGAAAUUCCAUGGAGCGUGGGUGGAGUGGCCCGUUGGCAGUCAGGGGGAGAAUCAGCUGUACCACUUUGCGAACUACAAAUUCACUCUUGUGGCGACGGUGUCCGUCCACGAGGCGCCGAAGGAGGGUUCUAUUCCAUUGAUGGGUGUGAAGAUGAGUGGCGCAGAGAAUCCAGUACUUCUGGGACUGUCGUACAACAAAAAAGAGAAGAAGUGGAUAUUAUUGUGUGGUGGCGGACAGAACAAGGAGCACAGCAGCCAUUCAGAGACGGAUACUACACACCAAUUGGCCAUUGUGCUACAGAACGGCAACCAGGGCUCUGCGUACGUCGAUGGUAGGCGUGUGUGGAAUGCGCAAUGUGAAUUGGAGAAUACGAAUUCUAAAAAGAUAUCCCACUUCUACAUUGGAGGGGAUGGAGUCAAUGCAGGGAACACAGAGGGCCAAAAAGGCGUGUCUGUGACUGUGUCGAACGUAUUGCUUUACAACCGCCCGUUGGAUGAAGCGGAGAUUACUGCGCUUAACGCAAAACUUUCUAUUCCAAAAGCAAGAGAAGCAAAAAAAGUGAAGGUUACUCCACCAGAGGUAACUGAACCAGCUACGCUGGAAACCGAAACUCUGUCUAUUCUUGGCGAGCAACAGCAGACUGAACAGGAUCCGUUGGGGAAAAGUGAAAAUGCGGGCAGUGGCGGUUUAUUCGUGUCAGGGCUACCUACUGCUACGACUUCCCCAGCAGCCAAAGAGUCCGAAAACCAGUCAGCGUCGGGAACAUCUCCCAGUGGGAACAAAAAUGUGGAUGGCACUCCCUCGUCUGACGCCGACCCAGCGGUGGUGACGGUGGGUGGAGACACGGUUCAGGGAGAUGGAUCACCCCAAACUCCUGAGGAGAGCGUGAGCUCUGGUGAGGAUGGGGAGACGGCGGAAGGAACGGAUGGGCAGGGAGAGGAGGGAAUCCAUCCACAUGCCGGGGAAGUAAAUGCCACGGCACUCAGCAGCAGCCUUGUAAACUUGUCGCAGGGGAAUAACACCGAUGCGUGCACUGUAAGUGGGGGCGGACUGCUGCAGCUGCCAUCGCUGCUUCUUCUGUUGGGACUUUGGGGGUUUGCGGCACAGUGA